CACAGCAAAAUAGUAAGUCAAAAGAGAGGAAGCGAACAGAAGAGAAGAAGAAGAAGAAGACGAAGCUAGCUGGGUGUGAUCGAGAUGAUGAAGUUGUUGGAGCUUCCUCUUGUUUUGAGAAUGAUUUUUUGGGUAGCUGUUUUAGGAGUGGCUGCCUUGUUCUUUCAUCUUUACAAUACUGUUUGGGUAAAGUCUAAAAGGAUCAGAAAAACGCUGGGGAUACAAGGAAUCAAAGGUCCUCCACCUUCGUUUUUUUCUGGAAAUCUGUCUGAGAUGCAGAAGAUUCAAUCCCAGGCGACGAAAGCCCCAAAUCAUGUCGAUCAAAUUGUUGCCCACGAUUACACAUCCACUCUCUUUCCAUAUUUUGAACAGUGGAGAAAAGAAUACGGUCUAAUAUAUACCUAUUCAACGGGGAUGAGGCAACAUUUAUACGUGAACCAGCCGGAGCUAGUAAAGGAAAUGAACCAAUGCAUAACUCUGGGCUUAGGAAAGCCUUCUUAUGUAUCGAAGAGACUUGCACCCAUGCUUGGCAAUGGUAUUUUGAGGUCCAACGGCCAUAUAUGGGCACAACAAAGGAAAAUUGUUGCUCCUGAGUUCUUCAUGGACAAAGUCAAGGGCAUGAUGGGGCUAAUGCUCGAGUCAGCACAAACAUUGGUGAGAAAAUGGGAGGACUCCAUCGAAGCUCAAGGUGGUACGGCAGCAGACAUUCACGUGGACGAGGAUUUGAAGGGUGUCUCAGCAGAUGUGAUCUCAAGGGCUUGUUUUGGGAGCUCUUAUUUCAAAGGAAAAGAAAUUUUCUUAAAGCUUCGAAGCCUUCAGAAGGUUAUUUCUAAGCAAGGCUUCCUUUUUGGGGUUACUAGUUUCGGAACGAGGAAGCGAAAGGAGAUUAGGAAUUUGGAGAGAGAGAUCGAGACAUUGAUCUGGAAGGCAGUGAAAGAACGGGAAGAGAAAUGCAUAGAGACAUCAGCAUGUGAGAAGGACCUAAUGCAGUCGAUACUAGAGGGGGCCAUGCAUGAUCAAAGUAUGGGCAAGGAUUCAUCCAAGCGCUUCAUUGUUGAUAAUUGCAAGAAUAUAUAUUUUGCAGGGCAUGAAUCCACUGCUGUUGCGGCCUCCUGGUGUUUGAUGCUACUUGCUUUACAUCCAGAAUGGCAAGCUCGUAUUAGGACAGAAGUUGCUCAACUUUCCCCAAACGGCUUAGCAGAUAUAAAUUCAAUCCUGCAGUUGAAGACGGUGACUAUUGUGAUUCAAGAAGUCUUGCGUCUAUAUCCGCCAGCAGCCUUUGUAUCAAGAGAGGCUCUUGAAGACACCCAAGUGGGAGAUAUUACUAUUCCCCAGGGAGUAUGCUUGUGGACUUUGAUCCCAACACUGCACAGAGACAACAAUAUUUGGGGACAAGAUGCAGAUGAGUUCAGACCUGAGAGAUUCAGCAAUGGUAUUUCCAAAGCUUGCAAAUUUCCCCAAGCCUAUAUCCCAUUUGGAUUGGGUCCUCGCCUGUGCUUAGGCAGAAACUUUGCAAUGGUUCAGCUAAAACUUCUUCUGUGUCUGAUUAUCUCCAAGUUUGCUUUCUCCCUAUCUCCCAAAUACAGGCAUUCUCCUGCUUAUAGAAUGAUCGUAGAGCCUGAACAUGGUGUGCAUAUCCUUGUUAAAAAGAUUUGAAAUGACAGUCGAUGUGGCAGCCAUGCAUACACGUGGAUGUUUAGGGCUCGUCCAGCUGAUGCAGUGUUCAUGAAAAGUAUCAUCUACUUGUAAUGAAGAAUGAAUUUUCAGCUGUAUAUAUAUUUUCAUGUAUUUUCUCUUAAUAAGCUACCAUAGAAAUAUAUUUAGAGUAA